CGGCCGGCCCCCGCCAUGGCGAGGCGGGGUGGCGGGGCGGGGCGGAGCGCCGCCAUGGCGGAGGCCGCCAUCCUGCGGGUGAGGCACUGCCGGGCCGACAUCUUCUGCCGCCGGCCGCCGGCGCGCUGCCCCGCCUGCGGCCGCCCCCUGCGCGGCGCCGGGCUGCCCGCCGCCCCCCUGCGCCUGCCCAGCCCCUUCCGACACGGCCACCGGCAGCCCCGCGCCUUCCUCCUGCGGCCCACCGCCGGCACCUUCCUGGGAGGAUACGACGGGAAAUCGGAUCUUCAUGUGGGAAUAACCAACAGUCACGGCGUGGUGUAUAAUUACAAUGAAGAGGGCAUUCACAGAGCUGAAACUGGAUGGGAACAGUGCAUUAGUAUCCCACUAGUACAGCCAGACAUGUUUGGGCUUCUUCAGGAUUGGGACAAGCUCCUAGAGGAAUUUUCAGUGGGAGAGGCCUGGCUUCCUCACAGGUAUGAAGAACAUGACUACAACUGCUACACAUACGCACUGGCAUUCAUUAACAGUGUACUGGCCGCACAAGGGAAACAGCAAAUGAGUAAAAGUGAAUUUACAGAGAAAUUUGUGAUACCGCAGACAAAGAAAGCUUCCAAAUACAUUACUCUGCAUCAGGAGCUAACAGCUAACGAGUUCUACGUUGUACCCCUUCCCGAUCAAGAAAAACGGUGCUGAAAAUGACAAGUUGCUAUAUUAAAACAUCUGCAACGUGCAAUAGGAAAAGGAAGUCUUAAGACUCCAAAUCUCAGGGUUUAAGAUGCACAAUCUACUUAAUGUAUUUAAAAACACAAUUAACUUUACACGUUAACCUGCGCAUCAUGGAAGGAUCGGGAAAUUGAAUUUGUGCAUUUGAAUGAGUAACAUACAUACAAUGUACACACUACAGAAAAUUUCUAUGGGAACUAUUCAUACGGAAAAAUGUUUUCCUAUUUACAUUCACUAUAUGCUCUGCCGAGGCACUUAAUACCAGAAAUCUUAACUGCCAUGUAAUUAAGGGUUUUAACAAAUGAACUGUGGUAACUUAAGCUGUAGCAAACCAAAAUGUUUUCUUCCUGUCACAUCUGUUUACUGAUGAGUGAAAAAAGGGAAUUUGUGCUUGCGUACUGCUGAAAUCCAAAGACCAUGACUUAAUGCAGAUUCACUACAUGCAAAGUUAUUUUCCUUUAAUUACUAAUAAAUAUAACAACAAAUAAA